AUGUCCGAAGGAACCAGGCCAAAAUACGACAACCUCCCGGGCAUUGACACCGCUCCGGACAUCUACGAGACCCCCGAGCUCGCCGAAGAUGUGUCUACAAUCCAAGCCUCCACCGCCGUUUCCGAGUCCGACGGCGAAGGCGACGGUGACGACCCGAGGGACUCAGCAGUUCGGCACCAGCGACUCCAACCAGAUCAAGCACGCAACCGCUUCCAGCCUUCACGGAUAGACGCCCGCGGGGUCGAUUUCUCGGACAACAUCACCGCACAACGGCAGUCCUACCGCACAUCAACACGGCGCCAGCGAAGGCGAGGCGAGAUAAUAGGAGACGACAGCGAUGAAGAAGAGGAAGGCUUUGCGAAGAAGCUAUUGCGGAUCAAGCGAGAGCUAGCCGGGUUGGAGGAGGAGUACGAACGAAGAGUGGAGAGCGGGGACAAGUCCAAGAUUGAGGAGCAAGACCCGAGGGAGUUGAUGGAGACCAUAGCAAGCAAAGUCGACACCAUAUACACAGCACACAAGGGCGGGGCACGGGGCGCACAAGCUAUACUCGACCGGACGGUACAAAAGUUUGAGAGCUACAAGCCCUUUGAUCCUAGCACGACGCUCAGCGAAGCCAUCGCAAACAAGCCGCCGCUACCAGGCACCCAGAUUCAGAGGGGUCAGCUCGAAGUAGUGCUGAACCACGCGGCAGAGUUUGAUAAGCGCAUAACGCAGAUUGAGAACAAUCUGGGCCUCAACGGGAACACAAUGCCGGAGCUCAGUGACCAAACGCCUUUUCCUGUUGCUUCUACUCUGACGAGGUUGGAGCAGACGCUCAGCUUGAUUGGGGAUGCUUCGAGCAACAACUUGGACGCCGUCACACAGAACGUCAAGAAGCUCACAGCAGAAGCGGAGCAUCUGAAGGAAAUUCGGCAUGAAGCUGCACAGGCUAGCUCAAAUUCUGGCGACAACAAGGCGGUGACCUAUCCAGACCAAGAGGCUAAGAUCAACGCGCUGUAUGGCACAUUGCCUUCCAUCGAUAAGCUGUCGCCCGUUCUUCCUCUGGUCCUCGAGCGUCUGCGCACACUGCGACUCGUGCACACAAGUGCUUGGCAAGCCGAUCAAGUAUUGACUCAGUUAGAAAGCCGACAAUCAAAGCAGGAGCAGGAGAUCAAGCGGUGGGAGCGCCAACUUGAGGUUCUGGAGAGGGACUACAAGAAGGCCGAGGCCACCACGGUCAACAAUGUCAAGACCGUUGGCAAUGAUGUCAAGAUGCUGGAGGAGAAGAUGGCCAAGCUGCUUGCAGGAGGCCAGGAGGAGUAG